GAAAUUUCUUUGAUCACAACCCUAAACCCAUUCUUUCUUUUAUCUUAUUCUUCGUAGUCUUUGCGGUGUUCUGGAUUUUGCUUCUUGUUUAGGGAAGAUGGCAUCAUCUCAUACAUGUUGAAAUCGAAAGUGGGUAUUGAAGUCCUUCUGAGGGUGUUGCUGGAAAGCCUCUUUAAGAAGUUCCUGCUGUUAACAGGAAAUUUUACCUUAAAUAUCUCAUCUAAUUUAAGGUUUUUUUUUUUUUUUGCUUUCCAUCAACGAAACAGAUUGUCAUUAGAGUGAGAUUUUGUUGUGGACAUAACUGAUAUUCAAUUUUUGGAUAACAGCUGUAAUAUCUACUUUGGUCGAAUCCGUUCCCUACAGUUCAUUUGAAACGAUGAACAUCCUCCAUUGUAAGAAAAUUUCCUGUCAGGCAACGGCUUUGAAAAGGCCCGUUUUUAGCAAACAGAAGCGGUGGAGCCCAUUAAUCCUCAUACCCACGUGCCCUGCCCGACAUCACACGUGACAGCAAGUUCAACGUUAAACUCAGACAGUUUCACUUUGUUUUUAAAUCUUUAAAAUUCGAAUCUUCCGGGGAUAGAUUCGAUGUUUGCUUUUAUAAGAGUUUUGCUUACAUAUCAUUUACCCUUCAACUUGUUUGCUCUUAUUGAUUGAUCAGAGAAUUCCCAAAGUCCAUAUUCCUUGAACUCUUCAUAUGAUUUAAUCUUAUUGAUUGCUUCCCCUGCUCAGUCCAAUCCUUUUUCUCUUUUUAUCUCUUAAACUUUAGUGUCUUUUAGGAUAUUUGGUGGGAUGAUGGAAUUGAGAUUGAUUUUCUUGUCAAUUCUUUUCAUUCUCGCAACACUUGAAGAGGCUGCUUCUCAUGGAGAUCAGCCUCUUUCAACGAUUGCUGUUCAAAAGGCAACUUUUGCUCUCAACCUUCAAGCUUACAUAAAAGUCACUCCUACAGUUCUUGGGUUGAAUGGGCAAAAUGCAGAUUGGGUGACAGUGGAGUUUAGUUCUCCUAAUCCAUCAGUUGAUGAUUGGAUUGGAGUGUUUUCUCCUUCCAAUUUCAGCGCUUCUUCUUGUCCUGCUUCAGCAGAUAAUCCAUGGGUAGCCCCUCCACUAUUGUGUUCAGCACCUAUUAAGUAUCAGUAUGCAAACUACAGUACUCCCAAGUAUAAAGAAACCGGAAAAGGGUCAUUGAAACUUCAGUUGAUUAACCAGAGAUCUGACUUCUCGUUGGUGCUAUUUUCUGGCGGUUUGUUAAAUCCAAAGGUGGUGGCGGUGUCAAAUAAAGUUUCUUUCUCAAAUCCAAAUGCACCAGUUUACCCACGAUUAGCUCAAGGAAAAGUAUGGAACGAAAUGACUGUUACCUGGACCAGUGGAUAUGGGAUCGGUGAAGCUGUACCUUUUGUUGAAUGGGGUCCAAAAGGAGGACUGCCAAAGCGAUCGCCAGCUGGAACACUUACUUUUGAUAGGAACAGCAUGUGUGGUGAGCCAGCAAGGACAGUAGGAUGGCGAGAUCCUGGGUUUAUACACACCAGUUUCCUGAAGGAGUUGUGGCCCAACACACUGUACACCUACAAGCUUGGACAUAUUUUGUCCAAUGGAAUAUAUGUUUGGAGUCAAGAAUACAACUUUAGAGCAUCUCCUUAUCCCGGUCAAAAUUCUUUACAACGUGUUGUCAUUUUUGGAGACAUGGGAAAGGAUGAAGCUGAUGGUUCCAAUGAAUACAAUGAUUUCCAACAUGGUGCUCUUAACACAACAAAGCAGCUUAUUCGAGACUUGAAUAACAUUGAUAUAAUAUUCCACAUUGGAGACAUAUGUUAUGCAAACGGAUACCUUUCACAGUGGGAUCAGUUCACCGCACAGGUUGAGCCGAUUGCAUCAAAUGUGCCUUACAUGAUUGCAAGUGGUAACCAUGAGCGUGACUGGCCGGGAACAGGAUCCUUCUAUGGGAACAAGGAUUCUGGAGGAGAAUGUGGCGUGUUGGCAGAGACUAUGUUUUAUGUUCCUACCAAGAACAGGGCAAAGUUCUGGUACUCCACUGACUAUGGCAUGUUCCGGUUCUGUGUUGCUGACACAGAACAUGAUUGGAGGGAGGGGACAGAGCAAUACCAAUUCAUAGAGCACUGCCUUGCAUCUGUUGAUAGACAAAAGCAACCAUGGCUGAUCUUCCUUGCACAUAGAGUAUUGGGCUAUUCUUCUGCUACCUUUUAUGCUGAUACAGGAUCUUUUGGGGAGCCAAUGGGAAGGGAGAGCCUUCAAAAACUUUGGCAGAAGUACAAAGUUGACAUUGCCAUCUAUGGCCAUGCACACCACUAUGAAAGGACGUGUCCAAUUUACCAGAAUAUAUGCACCAACAAUGAGAAACAACGUUACCAAGGCACCUUGAAUGGGACAAUACAUGUGGUUGCUGGUGGUGGUGGAGCAGGCCUUGCAGAAUUUACCACCCUAAACACCAAAUGGAGUUUCUUCAAAGACUAUGAUUAUGGAUUCGUAAAACUCACAGCAUUCGACCAUUCAAACCUCUUAUUCGAGUAUAAGAAGAGUAGCGAUGGAAAAGUUUAUGAUUCUUUCUCAAUAUCCCGGGAUUAUAGGGACAUCUUGGCUUGCACUGUAGAUAGCUGCCCAAGUGUGACCCUUGCCUCAUGAUAGGUUUUCUUUCAAGCUGUGCCAUUUCCAUUUAAUAAUUCAAGUUC